AUGCGGUCGGGACUGGUUAGGAACGGUUUAGUGCGGUGGGGAACGGGGUGGCCUGUCAAGGAGCACGGCCAGCAGUGCGUAGCGAAGGCACGUGCAGCUGCUGCUGCUGCACUCGCGGCUCCUGGUGCGCGGGCAGCUGCGCGUGCGGCUGUUUGGCGCGUGCAGCUGCUGCUUCGUGCGUGGGGGGCUGCUACUCGUGUGUGUGCAGUGGCGCGCGCGUGUGGCUGUGCGUGCUGCAUCCGCGUGUGCGAAGCGGGACAGGGCGCGGCACGGGACGAAAAGGGGUUGGGGGAAGCGCGCGUGUGUGCAGGCGCUGCUGCGCGCGCGUAUGCCUAG